GAUUACACCAUAUGGCAACACUGGGUGUGAUCACUCAUUCAGAUUUAUAAAACGGUAGUGACAGUUGAAUUUUGUUACAUUUCUUUGACAGUUUAACAAAAUGACAUUUUACCAGUGCCUCUUAACAGUGCCUGUGUAUUCCCACAUCCACGUAAUUUAAUUAAAAUCAUUCAUUCUUAGAAUAAUAACGUCAGCAGAACUAUUAACAAUUUUUUUUAAGCAGUUACCUUGUACCAUUUGAAGUGUCAUCAAUGCACGAAGAACAUUCUAAAUAGCAACAGUACAGAUUGGGUAUGGCGACGGGUGGUAGUUUUAUAAGUAAACCAGCAAGGGGAUGGUUACAUCCCGAUCAUUUAGUAAGUAAGGAAGGGAUUACUUACAUGGUUAAAUAUAUAGGAUGUCUCGAAGUGUACACUUCUAUGAAGAGUUUAGAUUUUGAAACAAGAUCAUGUGUUGCUAAAGAAUGUAUAAAUAGAGUUUGUGAAGCCGUUGGAUUAAAAUCAGCAGAUAAAAAAAGAAGGGUUGACAGAAAGGUUUUAAGAGCAAUAGCCGAUAAGCCUCGUAUGGAACAUGCAGGUACUAGCAUCAACUUGACAAUUAGCAGUAGUAGUCUAUCUUUAACUAAUUUAGAAACGGGACAAGUUAUUGCGAAACAUGAUAUGCCACGUAUAUCUUUUGCUUCUGGCGGCGAUACAGAUAUAUUAGAUUUUGUUGCAUAUGUUGCCAAAGAUAUGCACGAAUGGCGUGCAUGUUAUGUUUUGGAAUGCGAUGGUGGAUUAGCGCAAGACGUUAUAUCUACAAUCGGUCAAGCAUUCGAAAUAAGAUUCAAAGAAUUUCUUACUAAACCAAAUUCGUUACACCCAGUAUUAAAUGGUAUGAGGGAAGCAGAUAGGGAUUAUUAUAAUGAUCUACCAGGAAAGGUGCCACCAGAUAUUGGUCCACCACCAGUACCGCCUUUACCCAAUACAGCAUCGACAUUACCAAAUUUGAAACAUCACUCUACACAAAACCAAGUAACACGAUGUAAUCCACAAAAUUCUGUAUUACAUGAUACUUGUCCUUCUAUUGAUAAUAAUAGACAACUUCAACAAUGGACGGAAACUGGAAAUUUAAUUGAUUUAAAUGCAGAUGGAACUACCUCAAGUUUUAAUGUAGUACAUGAACAUAAUUACAUGAAUGACAGUGUCAUACUUGCAAAUAGAGACAAUCACCGUGAAACUACAUCACUUUUUGAUGUUUUUGAUAUGCAACCAUUCAGUUCUGCUAUAUCAGAAAUGAGUAAACUAAGUCCACGUUCACAGAAAAAUCAGUUAAAGCAAGAAACGUGGUUUCAUGGUAGCGUCAGUCGUGCCGAAGCAGAGUCUAUGCUCAUGAGAGAUGGAGAUUUUCUAGUACGCGAAUCACAAGGUUCUCCAGGUCAAUAUGUUUUAACUGGUAUGAAUAAUAAUACACCGAAGCAUUUGUUACUGAUAGAUCCAGAAGGUGUUGUUCGCACAAAGGACCGUGUUUUUGAUAGCGUAAGUCAUUUAGUUAAUCAUCAUUGUGUCAAUUUGCUACCCAUAAUAUCAGCAGACAGUGUUUUAGUACUUCGCCAUCCCAUUCCUAGGCAAACGAAUUAUUGACUUUUUAUUUGCUUUUUAUAUAUCAUAUAACAGGGAUAACAAUCAAUAAUCCCAAAAUCAGUCAAUGCAAUGCUUAUUAUAUGAGGAGAAUGAUUUUCUAAGAAUGAAACAUCUAUCGAUUUUUCUUUGAAAUGAUUUAUCUCCGAUUUAUACUAGAUAAUUAAUAAUCACUCUAACCAUUGCGCGUAAGCAAUUUAUGCGUAAAGGUGGCUUGAUAAAUUCAGUGGCAUAUAAAAUAGUAUAAUAGGUAAUUAUAAAGAUUAUGUAAAAAAACAAGAAGAAAAAAAAGGAAAGAUCUGAUAUAUAUCAUUUG